ACUUUCUGCUUCUUCUUCUGCUUCUGCGCUGCGUCUAUUUCAAUGGCGCCGAUUCCGCAUCUCUCCGUUUCGAUUUCCUCUCUCUUCCUGCUUCUACUAACUGCCUGCACAAACGGAUUUUCUGAAGAGAAGAACCUUUUGCAUUCGGAAAUACUAAAGGAUGAGGCAGUGGCAAGACUCUUUGAGCUUGGAAAGGUGAGUGAUUCGAAAGAUUUUCUUGAGAGGACUUUCCAGUCUGCAGCUUCUGUAAGAGCAGGAAACCUUAUCAGGAGAUGGAUGGAGGAUGCGGGAUUGCAGACGUGGGUGGACCAAAUGGGGAAUGUGCAUGGUCGGCAUGAAGGGCUAAAUCCAAGAGAGAAAGCUCUGUUAAUUGGCUCUCAUUUGGAUACGGUUAUUGAUGCUGGAAUGUUCGAUGGAGCGCUGGGAAUCAUCACUGCAUUGUCUGCAUUGAAAGUGUUGAAAAUCAGAGGAAUGCUUGGAAGCCUAAAACGCCCGGUGGAGGUUAUUGCGUUCAGCGACGAGGAAGGAGUUAGGUUUCAGUCUACCUUCUUAGGAAGUGCAGUCAUUGCUGGUGUAUUACCCGUUUCAACGCUGCAUGUGCACGAUGAAAGUGGUGUAACAGUGCAAGGUGCGUUGAAAAUGAACUCCAUUGAUAUCUCCGAGGAGAAUCUCUUGCAACUCAAGUUCGACCCCGAAUCUGUGUAUGGCUAUGUCGAGGUUCAUAUUGAACAGGGGCCGGUUCUUGAGAACGUCGGCCUUCCUCUUGGUUUGGUGAAAGGCAUUGCAGGGCAGACACGGUUGAAGGUGACGGUGAAAGGUACACAAGGGCAUGCUGGCACGGUCCCUAUGAAAAUGAGACGGGAUCCUAUGGCUGGAGCUGCUGAACUGAUUGUAUUGCUCGAGAGUCUCUGUAAUCAACCCGAGAGCUUUUUAUCCUACGACGGUCAGUGUGCAUCAUCAGCAGCACAAUCGCUAGCAGGAUCGCUCGUUUGUACUGUUGGCGAGAUCUCAACCUGGCCAAGCGCAAGCAACGUGAUUCCCGGCCAGGUGACCUUCACAGUUGACAUACGGGCAAUGGACGAUCUAGGAAGAGAAGCAAUUAUAUACGAGUUUUCCAACAGAAUUCACGAAAUAUGUGACAAGCGUUCGGUUUUGUGUCUCGUUGAACGGAAGCACGAUGCUGAUGCAGUGGCAUGCGACGCUGAGUUGAGCUCGAAGCUCAGGUCCGCAGCCUAUGCUGCUGUCAGACCAUUGAGUGGGGACGAGCCAGACGACUUGCCCGUGUUGAUGAGUGGAGCAGGGCACGAUGCUAUGGCCAUGUCUCAUCUAACUAAGGUUGCGAUGUUGUUUGUGCGUUGCCGUGGCGGCGUUAGUCAUUCUCCGGCGGAGCAUGUGUUGGACGACGAUGUUUGGGCUGCCGGAAUGGCGCUCCUUGCAUUUCUGGAGAGUCUUGUGUAAAUAAAUAAAAUUAUUCAUGUAUUAUUAGAAUUCAAAUGUGAUUAAUUGUCAGUGGAAAUGUUAACGAUAGUUAACUUCAUAAAA